AUGGCUUCGCAAGUCCAGCCCCCGGCCCCGAGCAUGGGGCCACCGAACCCACAGCCAGACCUCUCCGCCAUGAAGUUGACCCGCGGCACAAGCUGCGUGCUCUGCCAACAGCGCAAAGUGCGGUGCGACAAGCAAAAGCCCUGCUCCAACUGCGUCAAGGCCGGCGCCGAGUGUCGCGUCGUGCCACCGCAGCCACCCCGCCGUCGCAAGAAGAGGUUGCAGGAGAGAGAUCUCUUGGAGCGGCUCAAGAAGUACGAGGACCUGUUACGGCAGCACAACAUCAAGUUUGAUGCCUUGGAUCAUGACGCCAAGUCCGAGGCUACCCACGAAGACGUGGACGAGUUGGAAAACGACUUUGAAAAUCUCAAGACAAGCCCAUCCGAGGGCGAUUAUGUCUCAUCUAUCUAUGCUCGCGGCCCACGGUGGAAGCUGGGCCACUUUCUCAAAAUGCACAAUAAAUCAUUUAACGCUCAUGAUCGCCUCUUGAACGACUCCUCCGACGACGAGGCCGACUACCCAGUCAUAUACAAGGCCUUUGACAAGAUGUUUACCAACCGAAACCCCUUUCCCUUUCUCAUCAGCGACCAGGAGAUAUCGCUCGCCGACUAUCGUCCGUCCACGAUACAAAUGUUCCAGCUUUGGCAGGUCUACAUUGACAAUGUCAAUCCUCUCCUGAAGCUCACGCAUGUGCCUACAACCCAGCAGCAGGUCAUUGCCUACUCUGGUAACCCGGACGAGUCUCCCAAGAACCUGGAAGCGUUAAUGUUUGCCAUUUUCUUGACGGCGGUCUCGUCUUUGGACGAACAAGAAGUGCAACAGCGACUCCAAGCCGAUAAGCAAGAGCUGCUGGGCCAAUUCUUUGCCGGACUACAACAAGCGCUCAUCAAUGCCAAGUUUAUGUGCACUUCUGACAUUGUGACCCUGCAGGCCUUUCUUCUUUACAUGUUGGCUAUUCGUUGGUUCCUCGACCCCCGACAUGUGUUUUCCAUCAUGGGUUUGAUGGUGCGCAUGGCUCAUCACAUAGGGCUGCACCGGGACCCCACCGGCCAGGGCCUAAAUGCUUAUGAAGGCGAGCUGCGACGUCGUCUUUGGUGGUCAAUUGCAGCGUAUGACCGGCGCAUUGGUGAAAUGACUGGCGCAGCUGUUACGGCGCUGGCAGUACCCCACGACACCGCUAUACCACUCAACAUCAACGAUGCAGACCUGGAAAGGAAGACGUACACAAUUGACGGAUUCUGCGCGCACAUCGAAGGAACCUAUCUGAUCCACUGCGAUCCCAACAUUCCCUUUCACUUCUUUACCCUCACAAUGACGCGUCAGGCGCUCAGUAGGCUGCGCGUCAUUACAUAUCUUAUCCGGCUGGCACAUGGACACACCUCGACGCACGACGUAAAUGACCGCGAGUUUUUGUUUGUGCAAGCUACGCAGAUGCUGGAGCACGACAACAUUCUGCAAUCCCGGGACAAUCUCAAGUGUUACCGCUGGUUCACCCACCACCACUUUCCCUUUCCGGCAUACAUGUUUCUCGUCAACGAGUUGCGCUUCCGACUUAUCGGACCCGAGGUGGACCGUGCCUGGGCGGGCAUCGCCACCAACCACUCGCUGCGUGGCAUGAUGCACGGCCUACAUUCUCCCAUGCAUCUGGCGUUUGGCCACCUCUUUGUCAAGGCAUGGAAGGCGCGCGAGACAGCCUUGCUUGAGAGGGGCCAGCAGGCCACGCCGCCCAAAUUCAUUGUCAUGCUGCAAGAAUUUGUCGAGAAGCGACGCCGUGCCAAGGAGCAGAACCUGCCUGACCCCCUCGAGGAGCCGCCGGAGAUGUUUACGGUUCCCAAGCCGUCGCCGACGGCGUACAGCACGCCAGGAUCGCACAGCGACAGCGGGAUCGGCAAGAUGACGCCUAUGAUGGACAACUCGCCUUCUGCCGUGCCCAUGUCGCAGGCGCCACAGGCGUCCGGACCCGGACCCAAUUUGGAUGACACGGAUAUGGACUGGUCGUACAUUCUUUCGGGGUAUCAAGACGGAUCCAUCUUUCAAAACUUUAACACUUUUAAUUUUGGCGACCCUUCUGCGGGCAUGGGCGGAAUGGGCGGUAUGGGAGGCAUGGGUAUGAAUAUGGGCGGCGGGCCAAACAUGUUUGGCAAUUGA